AUGAAAGAAGAAUCCCCCGUCCCCGCAGCAAUGGAAGCAGAAAAGUCCUCCGGAGCGGCAUCCCACGUCGAGGAUGCCGAGAAGAACAGCAUCCACCCCGGGGAAUCCCUCGACUACUUUACUCCGAAGGAAAAGAAAAGACUCAUGCGGAGAAUUGACAUUCGUCUCGUUAUCCCACUGGGUUGUCUAUAUUGUAUCAGUUUGCUGGAUAGGACUAACUUGGGAGCUGCCUCGGUUGCCGGGAUGCAGGAAGAAUUGAAGAUGAAUGCCAAGAAUAAUGGAUACAGUAUUAGCUCGUUGGUCUUCUUCAUUACCUAUACCGUGUUUCAGCCCCCCAUGACGGUGAUUAUUCGGAAACUCGGGCCUCGGCUGUUUCUUUCUGCUAUUGUUCUGCUAUGGGGAGUGGUAAUGAUUGGCUUUGGCAUGUCGCCAACAUGGCCAGUGCUAGCUGGACUGCGGGUCAUCCUUGGUGCUCUGGAAGCAGGAUUCUACCCAGGAUGCGUUUACCUACUAAGUACCUGGUACCCUCGCUUCGAACUACAGAAGCGAAAUGCCCUCUUCUACCUGAUUGGCAGUACGGCAUCCGGAUUUGGCGGUAUCCUCGCCUACGGACUGAUGCAAAUGCAUGGAAUUGGCGGAAAGUCCGGGUGGAGAUGGAUCUUCAUUACCCCACAGAUCGAAGGCAUCCUAACCUGCGUAAUGGGCAUCGGCUCCUACGCCAUCCUAGUCGACUUCCCCGAACAAUCCCCCAAGUCAUGGCACUUCCUCAACGAAUCAGAGGCCGCCUACGUGGUAGCUACGAUCGAGAACGACCGAUCAGACGUCUACAUGGAGCCAUUCACGUUGAAAGGCUAUCUCCGCAGCGGCGCAGAUAGUAAGGUCUGGGCAUACGCUGCCAUGUACAUGCUCACCACAGCGAACAGCUACUCGAUCGCCUACUUUCUUCCCAUCAUUCUGGAGGAAAGUAUGGGGUUCUCGGUUGCAAAGGCCCAGUGUCUGGUGGCUCCUCCGUAUGUUGCGGCGGCGAUAGUGAUGUAUACGCAGGCGGUAUAUGCCGAUAAAUGGCACCUGAGAGGACCGAUCAUUGCUGCGAAUGCUGCUAUGGGGCUGGUUGGACUCGCUCUGCUGGGAUAUCUUAGUGAGUCGGGGCCACGGUAUUUUGGUGUCUUUCUGGCGACUAUUGCUGCCAACGCGAACUGCCCAGCCUUAGUCUCAUGGCAGAGUAACAAUGUCCGCGGCCAAUGGAAACGCGCCUUCACAUCCGCCACCCUCAUCGGCGGGGGCAGUAUCGGCGGGAUCAUCGGGACAACGGUCUUCAGGGCCCAAGAUGCCCCGAAUUAUAGGCCCGGGUUAUUAACCACUAUGAUCGCUAACGCGCUGGUUAUCGUAGUUGUGGCAGGACUCAGCUUUAAGUUCUGGCGGGCGAAUCGGCGGGUUGAUCGUGGGGGGAAACCGAUCGAGGGGUUGGCUGGGUUUAAGUAUACAUACUAG